AUGUUCUCCCUAUCACCCCAAACCCUCGGCAUUGUCGUCGCCGUCUUCAUCCUAGCCACUCUCCUCAUCCGCCGCGCCCUCCUCCCCAAGCCCAUCCCCGGCAUCGUCUACCGCGAAGCCAACGCCAAGAAGAUCCUCGGCAACGCCUGGGAACUCCUGCAAUGGAAGAAAAAACACGGCGAAAUGUUUGGCUAUCUGGCUAAUCUCGCUGUCGAACUCAACGAGCCUGUGUUUCAGAUCUUUGUGCACCCGCUCGGCAAACCAUGGGUUAUCGUGGCUGAUAACCGCGAGGCUUUUGACAUUUUGUCCAGACGGACACCGAAGGAGUUUGAUCGCUCGAGGUUCUUGAGGAGUCUGUUCAUGCCGCUUGUGCCCGAGUUUCACUUCCAUAUGCCGACUGGUGAUCGGUGGAAAGCCCAUCGGAAGCUUGUGGCUGAUACCAUGUCGCCUGCGUUUCUGGGUGGUGUCGCUGGACCGCAGAUGUGGAAGUCUACUAUGAAGCUGAUUGAUCUUUGGAGGGUCAAAGAGCGAUUAGCCAAGGGUCGUCCGUUUUCUGUGUCGACAGAUAUUCGCAAGGCGGCUUUUGAGAUCAUCUGGGCUGCUACCUUUGGCUUUGACUCCGGGUCAACAAAUGCGCAGACUGAACUUCUUGAGACGCUGCCCGAGUUCACCAACUUAGGCGACAUGGAUCAUGAGGUCGAAUUCCCUGUUGCACCGGAUCCUCCCGUUUUCAAAGCCGGUCUCGCUCUCAACGACGCCAUGAACAUUGGUGUUCAAUCGCUUGUACCAGGACUACAUUUGUGGUUGGCUUACAACCUAAUGCCAUCUCUACGUGCGGCCCGAAACCUCAAAGAAGCUGUCAUCCAAGACGAGAUCAAGAAGGCGAUCAAUAAAUUCUCUAAUCAGACUGAUCUCAAUUGGGAGGACCAGGGUAAUCUUAAGCGACACAUGAAGAGCGCCGUCGAUAUUGUCAUCGCACGAGAAAUUGACAGCGCACGAAAAGAAGGCCGCACACCCGAGUUGAUGAGUCGCACCGUCCAAGAUGAGCUUUUCAGUUUCAUGCUUGCUGGAAACGAGAUCUUCACUCUGACUGCCUGGACCCUCAAGUUUCUCACUACGCAUCAGAAUGUUCAAAAGAAGGUCCGCGAUGAACUCAGGGAAGAGUGCAGCGCUGCUGUUGAGAGAGGCGACGCACCCACUGUUUCAGAGAUCAUGUCCGCGAGACUUCCGUACUUCGAGGCUAUGAUUGAAGAGUCUACGCGAUGUGGUUCAGUCACCCAGACUAACAUCCGCACAACAAUGCAAGAGGUUAAUAUUCUGGGUCACAUGGUUCCCAAGCAUACAGAGAUUCUGAUGCUGAACAAUGGCCCUGGAAGUUUCAUGCCUCCGCUGUCCGUUGACGAAGAGAAGAGAUCGGAGAGCUCGAAGGGCACCGCUGGUAAGAUCGGACAAUGGAACGUCAAGGGUAUGAGAGACUUUGAUCCAGAGCGAUGGCUCGUCAAAGAUGAAGAGGGACGAUUGACGUUUAAUCCCAACGCUGGACCACGACAUUCAUUCGGUGCUGGUCCCAGGGCAUGUUUCGGUCGUAAGUGGGCUGCGCUGGAGGUCAAGAUCAUGAUGGCGCUUAUUGUUUGGCACUUCAAUCUGGAGCCGACGCCUAAGCCGCUGUCGAGCUUCAAGCCUUUCCCUGGUGUUGCGCAUCGGCCGGAGAUGAUAUACUUGCGUUUAUCGAAUGUUUAG